AUGUAUCUUUCUGCUCUUCGACUACUCACUACAUCUGCACGCAGAAUGACUGCUUCAAAGCUAACUAUAGCAUGUGGGCAGAUGUGCUCAUCGUCUGAUUUAGCUGGCAAUGCUCGUGUAGCCACGAGGCUAAUUGACCAGGCGGUGGCCCAAAACGUCAAGGUGCUUUUCCUUCCAGAGGCUGCUGAUUAUAUAUCCAGGGACGCUUCACACUCGGUUCAAUUGGCUGAGGAGAGUAAGGAGAAGUUUAUCAGCGUUCUACAGAAGCAUGUGCGCCAGAUUCACGAGAGGUCCUCGGGAGAAGACGAGGAUAAGGGGAUAUUUGUGGCCGUGGGAGUUCACGAGCCGGCUUCAGGCGAUAACCACGGGAAGAAGGUGAAAAAUAACCAGCUUUGGAUAGACAAUCGUGGAGAUAUUGCUCAAACGUACCAGAAACUUCAUCUUUUCGAUAUAAACAUCGUCAAUGGGCCUAUAUUGAAGGAACUGAACUCGGUUGAGCCCGGAAAGGAGAUCUUGGAUCCGUUUAGUGUGAAUAAGGGAAAAUUCUCCAAGUUUUCAGUUGGUUUAGCCAUUUGCUAUGAUAUUAGGUUUGGGGAAUUAGCACUUCGAUUGCGUAAGUUGGGUGCAAAUAUCAUUACUUUCCCCUCUGCGUUUACUACGAGAACGGGCGAGGCUCACUGGCUUGAGCUAGGCAAAGCUCGUGCUAUAGAUUCCCAGUGCUACGUUGUUAUGGCCGCUCAAUGUGGUGAACAUGACGUUUACGCAGAUACAGAGGAGGAUGGCGAUGGUAAGAAGGUCAGAGUCAGUUAUGGCCAAUCGGUGAUUAUUGGUCCUUGGGGAGAGGUUGUUGCCAAGGGUGACACAUACUUGGAAAGGAAAGACAGCAAGGACUAUAGUGAAUUGAUUGUGGGUGAGAUUGACUUGGACUAUGUGGAAAAAAUCAGGACAGACUUACCUGUGUUCACUCAUAGAAGACCCGAGAUUUUUGGGUAUGAAGUAUAG